AUGCAUCUAUUUCCUCUGAAAGUACCAAGAUCAAGCCAGUUGCCUGCAUUUUCUGUAAUCAAGACCUCAUUCAGUGACAAUAUCACCUUCACCAUCAUUUUGGGAGAUUUUAACCAGGCCAGACUGAAAAAAUCACUAAGCAACUACCAUCAACAGGUCACUUGCAAUACAAGAGGAAACAACACACUGGACCAUUGCUACACCACCAUCAAGAAUGCCUACCGUGCUAUUCCACACCCUCACUUCUGGAAGUCUGAUCACCUGGCUGUACUUCUACUCCCUGAGUAUAGGCAGAGACUGAAGACUGCAGCACCAGCAGUGAGGACCAAGAAGGUUUGGACAAGGGAAGCACAGGAGCGCCUCCGGGACUGCUUUGAAUCAGUGGACUGGACUGUAUUCAGUGAUUCAUCUUUGAAUCUGGAUGAGUAUGCUGUAGUUGUUACCAACUUCAUUAAAACCUGUUUGGAUGAGUGUGUGCUUGCAAAGAUUUACUGUACAUUCCCAAACCAAAAGCUGUGGAUGAACCAGGAGGUACGUCGUCUGCUGAAGCCUAGAUCUGUGGCAAUCAAGUCUGGCAACCCAGGCCUGUACCAGAAAACCAGGUAUGAUUUGUGGAGGGCUCUUUCAAAGGCAAAGAGACAAUUUCGAAUGAGGUUGGAGGCGACAUCAGAGGCAAGGCAACUCUGGCAGGGUCUGCAAGACAAUACUUCCUACAAAAUGAAACACAAUAGCAUGAAUGGGAGUGAUGCUUCACUACCAGAUGAACUCAACACCUUCUAUGCAUGGUUUGAACAGGAGAACACAGCUACAGCUGUGAAGAUCCCUGCUGCACCUGAUGACUCUGUGAUCUCCUUCUCGGAGACUGAUGUUAAGCUGUCUUUAAAGAGAGUAAACCCUGCAAGACAAAAGGUCCUGGUGGAGUACCUGGUGAGGCUCUGAAAACCUGUGCCAACCAACUAGCGGGAAUAUUAGACAUUUUCAAUCUCUCACUGCUAUGGGCGGAAGUUCCCACUUGCUUUAAAAAGGCAACAAUUAUACCAGUGUCAAAAAGAAUAAUGUGGGCUGCCUUAAUGAUUGUCACCUGGCAGCAUUGAUGUUGACUGUGAUGAAAUGCUCUGAGAGGUUGGUCAUGAGUGGACUGAAUUCCUGCCUCAGCAAGGACCCAGAUCCAUUGCAAUUUGCCUAUUGCCACAAUAGGUCAACAACAGAUGCAAUUUCAGUGAAGCAAUUCCAACCCACAAUCUGCGCGAAUUGGAGAUAGCAUAUCCUCCUCGCUGACAAUCAACAUUGGCGCACCUCGGGUGUGUUCUUAGCCCAGUGUUCUACUCUCUAUAUACACAUGACUGUGUGGCUAGGCACAGCUCAAAUACCAUCUAUAAAUUUGCUGAUGAUACAAGCAUUGUUUGUAGAAUCUCAGAUGGUGACGAAAGAGUGUACAGGAGUGAGGUAUGCCAACUAGUGGAAUGGUGUCACAGCAACAACCUGGUACACAACAUCAGUAAGAUGAAAAAGCUGAUUGUGGACUUCAGGAAGGGUAAGAUGAAGAAACACAUACCAAUCCUCAUAGAGGGAUCAGAAGUGGAGAGAGUGAGCAGCUUCAAGUUCCUGGGUGUCAAGAUCUCUGAGGAUCUAACCUGGUCGAUGUAGUUAUAAAGAAGGCAAGACAGUGGCUAUACUUUAUUAGGAGUUUGAAGAGAUUUGGCAUGUCAACAAAUACAAUCAAAAGCUUCUAUAGUUGUAUUGUGGAGAGCAUUAUGACAGGUUGCAUCACUGUCUGGUAUGGAGGGGCUACUGCACAGGACUGAAAGAAGCUGCAGAAGGUUGUAGAUCUAGUCAGCUCCAUCUUGGGCACUGGCCUACAAAGAACCCAGGACAUAUUUAGGGAGCGGUGUCUCAGAAAGGCAGUGUCCAAUGUUAAGGACCUCCA